GCGUGCCCGCCAUGGCUGCGCCCAGCGUGUUCCUGCUGGCCGUCAGCGGCGAGAUCGAGAGCGGGGAGUUCCCGGGAUUCGAUGACCUCUACUGCAAGUUCUCCUUCGUCUACGGCCAGGACUGGGUCCCCACGGCGGGCCUGGAGGAGGGAAUCUCCCAGAUCACCUCCAAGAGCAGCGUCUCGCCCACCACGCUGGUCUGGAACUUCCCCAUCGACAUCACCUUCAAGAGCACCAACCCUUUUGGCUGGCCGCAGAUCGUGCUCAGCGUCUACGGGCCCGACUUCUUCGGCCACGACGUGGUGAGGGGUUACGGCGCCGUCCACGUGCCCUUCGUGCCGGGCAGGCACAAAAGAACCAUUGCUAUGUUCGUCCCUGAGUCCACCUCGAGGCUGCAGCAGCUCACAAGCUGGUUCACGGGGAGACGCCCGGAAUUCACCGACCCCAAGGUGGUGGCGCAGGGAGAAGGACGGGAAGUGACCAGGGUGCGAUCCCAAGGCUUCGUCACCGUCUCCUUCAACGUGAUGACCAAAGAUCUGCACAAGCUGGGCUACGACGUCCCCGCCGCUGAGGGGCCUGGGCCUCAGGGCUUCCACGGCUUCUGAGCUCCCCAGGACCUGCUCAAAGCUCCUCGGGGCUUUUUUAGGGGAAAGGAGGAGCUGCUUCAACUCAAUCAUUCCCCAAAAAAACCCCACACAACAAACCCACCAGCCCGGGAGGAUUUGGGGAAAUGACCGAGCCUGAUCCUCUCAGUGAGGUUGAAGUAUUGUGGGAAUUGAUGUUAUUGGUAACUUUCAGUGUUUUUAGGGGUCAGAGUAAGGCCUGGAACAAAAUAUUUUUAUAGCAGCCUUUUGUACACCUUUUUAUAGAAUUAAUGGCACAGAAAGCUUCGAGCUGUAGCAGUUUCCCUGCAGUUAAAACUUUGCAAACCCAGUUACGUUUCAGUGAUUUUUUUGGUUGUUUUUUUUUAAUUUGUUUUGUUGUUGUUUUGGGCUAUUUUUUUUUUUUUUUUGUGGGUUUCUGUUGUUGUUGCAAACGAGGAACUGAAAUUAUUGCACCUUCCAGAAAUGGUCCUGUGAAAUUCGUCCCCCUCCAAGCUCUUUUAGGCUGAAUAAACUCAGUUGUGUCGAUGGA